GGACACGUCAACAUAGUCGCUGCGCAGACGGAUCUCGCCCAGCGGCAGCAGCUGUCCUGUAGCGAUAGGCAACUUCUCUCUAUAAACCAUGGAGGUAUUAUACAGUAUACCGUUCACUGUGCUGGAAUGCCCAAAUAUAAAACUGAAGAAACCAUCAUGGCUGCAUAUGCCGUCGGCUAUGACUGUGUAUGCGGUCGUUAUCGUGUCCUACUUUCUCAUCACAGGAGGUAUCAUCUAUGAUGUUAUUGUGGAGCCUCCAAGUGUGGGCUCAAUGACUGAUGAGCAUGGACACCAGCGACCAGUGGCCUUUUUGGCAUACAGAGUAAACGGCCAGUACAUUAUGGAAGGACUGGCCUCCAGUUUCCUUUUCACGAUGGGAGGCCUGGGCUUUAUAAUCCUGGACCGCUCCAACGCACCCAACAUUCCCAAACUCAACCGCUUCCUGUUGCUCUUCAUCGGUUUUGUCAGCGUGCUCCUCAGCUUCUUCAUGGCCAGAGUGUUCAUGCGCAUGAAGCUGCCAGGAUACCUCAUGGGCUAAAGACAAAGAGAGCGCACUUGAAACGAUUUGGACGGACCCAGGACAUCAAAUGCAUCAAAACCCAACUAAAAUUGAGGAUGAACGCAACCUUUUGAUAUUAUUAACAACCAUUAAGGACUACAAGCACUGAGCUUGCUCAAGAAAUUAGACCUGGCUGCACUGACAGUCUUGCACUGGCUCUGUCUCACUGGUGUUCAGCGACUUCCUUUUUCAUUUCCAAACAAACAGAUGCAGCAGAGGAUAAAAUACAUCACUGAGUAUUGUGCAUCUGUAGCAAACUUGAGAAAUUUAACUUCAGUUAAAAGUGCCAGCAGGUGAAAUUUCUCUCGGCCACAGGAGAAGAAAAAGGAAAGGAAGUAGCUGAACGCUGUUGGCAUGGAGAUACAGAUAUGAAAUCAAAAUUAGCACUGUAUGAGUCAUUUUGAGCCGAGUCGGAUUGAUGUUUAAGUUGUACGUUUUUGUAAAGAAAUCGUUGAAAAAGCCUUGUCACAGUUGCAUUUUUGUACACGGACCUGAAAUAAAUCUUCUUUUCAGA